AUGACUCCCGACGAGAUCACCAAGCUCGAAGCCGAGCUGAAGCAGCGCGAAUCCCUCCUUCAGGCGCGCAAGGACGAGCUCGACCGCCGCGCCGCCGAGAUGGGCAAGGCCGUCGACAGCAACCCUACCCCUCAAAAGCCCUCCACCGACUCCAACUACAUCAAGUGGCGCGAGCUCUUCCUCGUCGCCCUCGGCCGCUAUGUUCUCACCAGCCAUGUCACCGGCAGCGCCGACACCACGCCUUCGGACACCUCCCCCACCUCCGAUUGGGCGCGUGACGACUUCACCGUCCUCUCCUGGAUAUACGGCUCGAUCUCCCCCGAGCUUUUCGGCAUCGUCAUCUCCCCUGGCUCGACGGCGCGGCAGAUCUGGGACUCCAUCGCGAACCUCUUCCAUGACAACAAGAAAAGCCGCGCUCUUGCCCUCGAUGCGGAAUUUCGCAACACGCCACAAGGCGACAUGAGUGUCCAUGAUUACUGCGCCAAGCUCAAGUCUCUUGCCGAUGCUCUCGGUGACGUUGGUGAGAAGAUCUCGGAUGACACCCUCGUCCUCACGGUUCUCCGCGGCCUCAACGAGCAAUACAAUCACCUCCGCUCCUUCCUCCCCUACCAGGUGCCGUUCCCCACGUUCUUGCAGACGCGCUCCGCCCUGGUUCUCGAGGAGGCGCAAAAGAAGACUGAUGCCAAGCACGCGGCCUCUACCGCGCUCUGGGCUAGCGGCAAUAGCGUGCCUCCCAACGGCGGCACCACAUCGCACGCCGGGGGCGCCUCUUCUCCCGCCGGUCCUGGUGGUGGCCCUCCUUAUCCGCGCGCUCCUUCGUCCCUCCAGCCCGGCGUCUUCACCAACUUUAGCCGGGGUGGUGGCAGCGGAGGCCGCCGUGGACGUGGCGGUGGCCGCGGCCGUGGCCGUGACAGCAACAGUCCCUGGAUGUUUAAUCCCUAG